AUGGCAUCGGGGAACGAUGGGGAUGCGACCAACGGAAGCCAGACUACUGGCUCCAGCCCUGCUCCUAUGUUGCCUAACCAUUUGGUUGGCCAAAAUGUGGCUGCUCCCUUGAUAGUUCCUGUCAACCAUGUCGAGAAGCCUGAGAAGUUCAAUGGGUUGAACUUCAAGAGGUGGCAACAAAAAAUGCUAUUCUACCUCACAACUUUGAACCUUGCAAGGUUCUUGACUGAAAAUGCUCCAACCCUAUCUGUGGGGGAGUCAGAUGUGCAAGCUCUCAGUGCGGUUAGCGUUUGGAAGCAUUCCGACUAUCUUUGCCGGAAUUAUAUAAUGAAUAGUCUUCAUGAUUCCUUGUAUAGUGUCUAUUGGGAGUUUAAGACGGCGAAGGAGGUAUGGGAAUCCUUGGACCGUAAAUAUAACUCAGAGGAUGCCAUGGCGAAGAAAUUUCUCGUCGGACGGUUCCUCGAUUUUAAAAUGGUCGAUUCAAGGACCGUAAUGAGUCAAGGGCAGGAAUUUCAAGUGCUCUUGCAUGAGAUUCAGGCUGAGGGGAUGGCUCUAAGUGAAUCCUUUCAAGUUGCUGUUGUUAUUGAGAAAUUGCCGCCCAGUUGGAAGGAUUUCAAGAAUUAUCUGAAGCAUAAGCGAAAGGAGAUGACAAUUGAGGAUCUUGUUGUUAAACUUCGAAUUGUAGAAGAUAAUAAAACUCCGGAAAGGAUCUCAUCCUUCCUGCUGCUGCUAAGGCUCCCAAAGAGGAAAAAGGAUCAUGAAGCAAACGUGGUUAAUGAGAUGGCUCGAGAUGUGGCAGACAUCAAUCUAUUUGUUGUGAUUUCAGAGGUAAACCUCAUUGGGUCCAACCCAAAGGAAUGGUGGCUCGAUAUCGGUGCCACCAGACACGUGUGCUCAAACAGAGACUUGUUCACUAUACUCGAAUCAGUUACUGGGGAGAGGAUCUAUAUGGGAAACUCUACCCAUUCUGCUCUAGAAGGUCAAGGCAAGGUGGUCUUGAAGAUGACUUUAGGAAAGGAGCUGACUCUGAACAAUGUAUUGUACGUACUUGAGAUUCGAAAGAAUUUAGUCUCCGGGUCAUUACUGAACAAGCAUGGGUUCAAGAUGGUUUUUGAGUCAGACAAAGUUAUUUUGUCCAAGUAUGGAAUGUACGUAGGAAAGGGAUACAUGUGUGAUGGGCUUUUUAAGCUCAAUGUAAUGACCACAAUCAAUAAGAAUUCUGGUUCUUCUAUGUAUUUGAUUGAGUCUCCUGAUUUAUUUAUGGCAUGGAAGACUAGGUCAUGUUAA